AAAUAAAAUUAUGUAUGUACGCCAUGACCAUGUGGGGGCCUACCAGAAUUUGCCAUGAAAAAAAAUAGAUCUAAAGAAGAGACAAAAAAUUGUUAUUGUAAUUUAGAAUUGUCCAGUCGCAUAGUUUUACUAUAAAAACUGUAGCUGUUGGAGGGAAUCUUCAUCAGUUUCUUCAGAACUUCUCAAGAAAAUCCAACAAUCCAGCAAAAUGUUCAAAUUCUUCGCCAUCUGCUUGUUCGCCGUCCUCGCCUGCGCCAUGGCUAAACCCGCCGUUGUUGCUCCCUUGGCCUACUCUGCCGGCUAUGCUCCCUACACUGCUGCCUAUGCUGCUCCUUACACAGCUGGCUACGCUGCUCCCUAUGCCGCUGCUGCCUACUCUGCCUAUCCUUAUGCCUCGACUUUCGGCGCCUACCCUUAUGCCACCGCUUUCCUCCGUUAAAGUUUGAUACUUUUAUGGAAGUAUGCUUAACAAUCUCCUAAAGACAAUGGCUGGAUUUAAAGGAUAAUGAUGAAAAGGAUAUCGGAAAUAAUUGGUUGCAGUGUAGUUUUAAGUUUUU